GGGCGGACCGGCGCCAUGGCGUCGCCCCCGCUGGCGGCCGGGAGCGGCGGUGAGGGGAGCUCGGGCUCGGCGGGGCCGGAUCCGUCCGAUCGGCAGCUGUCCGCGCUGUUCGAGCAGGCGGCCGAACGGCUGCCCGCCCUGCUGCCUAACGCCAGCAAGGAGCAGCUGCUGUACCUGUACGCUCGCUACAAGCAGGUGAAAUUUGGAACCUGUAACACUCCAAAGCCAGGCUUCUUUGAUUUUGAAGGGAAGCAGAAAUGGGAAGCUUGGAAAGCCCUGGGAGACACCAGUCCUCAUCAAGCUAUGCAGGAGUAUGUUGCUACAGUGAAAAAACUGGACCCCAGCUGGAAUCCUCAGACAACAGAGAAGAGGGGGAAAGAAAGCAAAACUGCAUUUGGAGGCCCGGUUGUCAGCUCGUUGUAUCAAGAAGAAACAAUCAGAGAAGAGGACAAGAACAUUUUUGAUUACUGCAGAGAAAACAACAUUGACUACGUAACCAAAGCCAUUCAAUCGAAAAAAGUGGACGUGAAUGUCGCAGAUGAGGAGGGCAGGGCUCUGCUCCACUGGGCAUGCGACAGAGGACACAAGGAGCUCGUUUCAGUACUGUUGCAACACGCUGCCGAUGUUAACAGCCAGGAAGGGGAAGGAAUGGGAAUAGUGCUAAGGGUUAUUGUUAGCCAGGCUGGUUUCGGAGGUCUGGUUUGCAGCAUGCACGUGUCCCCAGCAGCCCUGGCUGGGAUGCAGACCAUCAGGGUAGGGCUGGCGUGGGGCUGGAGAUGGGGCUGGAGGUGCCUGUGUGUGCAUGGAGAGGAGGAAAGGCACAGCUUUAGAGCUGUUUUCCUGCCCUGGCUUGUUGCUCAGUGAGAAAUGUCACCCUUUCAGCUGGGCGCUCGAAACAAGGUAGUGAUUAAUGAAGAGAAAGGAAAACACUAAGGAAGGAGUUGUGAGUGGCUGGCUUUCUGCAACACAGAGAAGCAUUUCAGAAAGCAGUAGACUGCAGCAUGCUGCAGGGAAAGCUCGCUAGGUGCAUGGGCUCAGCCAGGGGCAGGUUAGCUGCCUGCAGGAAAUUGCAGCUGCUUCUUCUUUCCUUUCUCCUUCUGAACUCAAGCUUUAAUCACAGCCGCGCUCAGAUGAAAUCUGAGGCUGAAGCCAGAUCCUGUUGCCUUCUCUGUGUUGCCCUAUUCCCUCUGCUGUUGUCAGGACAUUUCCAAGCGAUGCUCACCGAUUACAUGGCAAUUUGCCUUCUGAAGCGGUGUGAAAUUGAGCAUUGCACUUUAAAUUCCUGUGGUCCAGCUCGGAAGAGCCGUGUGAAGUCAGGGCUCAGCAAUUGCAGGUGAUUGAUUUUUCAUAGCUUGAUAACCGAGCUCUUGUUGUUGAACAACAGGAGGUGGUCGUGGGCACCCGCACCUCCAGCCCUAAUUGCAAAGCAACGAGGUUAAUGCCAACCAUGACAGCGUUCGGAUCUGAAUGUUUCACAGCACCAGAAGAGCUGGGAGCUGUGCUGACUUCUGCUCGUUAAUUUCUCCCCUUGGAUGGAAAAGUUCGGUGUGGAUGUGGUCGGCUGCACUCAUCAGCUGGUGAGAAACAACUUGCUAAACCACAGCAGCUUGGGCUCAUCAGUCUUUACGUUGUGGUUUAUGAAUGUGUAUCUCUUAGAGUCUAAAACUGAAGAUGAUGUGAACUAGAGCAUAUGUGGGAAUCAUUCAUUUUGACCCGUAUUACAUCAUCUUAUGUUUCCUUUUCGUCUGUAUCAGCUCACGUGGCUCUCUUGUGCACAUGUACACAGUGAUAUAGAACAGCUCUCUGAAUGUACCCAAGAACAAUUGCAUAACCACAGAGAAACUAUGAGAAACACGGACAGGCACGUCGAUAGGUUGGUUUUGCCCUGAGCUCCUUGUUGCAGCUGGUGGCAGUGCCAGUCGAGGCAUCAGGCAAGAGCAAACUGUCCCUAUCCCAAAGAGUUCCUCUUGGCACCAAAUGCAGUGUGACGGGUAGGGCAGUUGGAAAGGUUGAGGGGAUGGAAGUAAGAGAGGAGGAAAAAGAGAUCAGCAGAAAAAUGGCAUUGUUGGCUUGGUGCUUCCCCAGGCAGUGCCAGCAAUGACACUGAGUCAUGGCAGGGUCCUCUUGCACUGAGGACUUAAAAGCUGGUAAGGUGUCAUUACCAAGGGCUUCUGAUGGAGGGUAAACCUGUGAGUUCCCUACUGAAAUCAACGGGACUUUCAUCUACGUGUACCUCCGGGCUGAAUGCGUCCCUUUCUUUGAUCAGUGUUGGUUUUUAUCAAGUCCAUGGGGAGAUAAAUUCAGUGAUGGGGAAAAAAUGGGAGACUUUUCAUAGAGGAAAAGAGAAAAUUGAUUCAUUUGCAUAGGAAUGUAUCACAGCUGUACCCCAUGCAGAAAAUGUUUCCUCUUGGGACGGGGUGAUAUAACAGGCUGCAGAAUUACUCCUAAAUCUGAGCAGACAGUGGCACUCAUGGUGGCCCUGCUUUUCUUCAGGGAUGCUGCUUUCCACCUUGUGCCCAGCUGCUCUCCAGGGGGUCCGCGUCCACUUCAACAUCAGAGUUUGCUGCUCCUAAAUGGAGCGUGCCUUUGUGAUAUUCCCCAGCUGGGGAAUUGCCCGGCUAGGCUUGCCAGCUGCAACCCAUCUUAUUUGAUGCGACUGCUUGUUAGCUCCUGUGCCAGCAUCCCCUGCAUCACCAAAUGGCAUAUAGAGACCCACCUCCGUGUUUUUCAAUCACUGUUCUGUCCUGGAGAUGCUCGCUUUGUGGCUGCUGCUAUGUUUGAGUUGGCCGUGCAUCCCACACACCUGGAGUUGCAGGUGGUCAUGGAUGGUCCAUAGAUGGAGGUGGUCCCAGAGAUGAGAAAAUCCACACAAGCAGCGCUCUUCAAGCAGAUUGGUGGCUCCUCUAUCACAGUUCAUUUUCAAGGCAUUAGGGAAGAAGGAUUUCUGCAGCUCUGCAGAAGUAAUAAGAGAGAAAGAAAGAGAAUUUUGCCAUGUUUUGUUCAUUAAAUGCAUUAUCUUGAAGUCGGUGGUAUUAAAGCUUGGGUUUUGUGCCACCAACUUGAGGUCCUACUCAAAACCCUGGGGAUUUCUGUUUUAGAUGCUGUGUCAAGAGGUCCCCACGCUGGCUUGGGUCCCCAGACUCUGUCUGUCCCACUCCAUUGGGAUGAGGUGUCCAGGUGUCUUGGGAAAAGCAGCCUUUUAGAAUCACAGAACCACUGAGGUUGGAAAAGACCUCUAAGAUCAUCAGAUCCAACCGUCCACCAAUAUUACCCACCAAACCAUGUCCCUCAGAGCUACAUCUGCCCAUUUCUUGAGCACACCACGUUGUCUUCCUGACGUCCCAUUCACCUGCUAUCUACAGCUCCAGUAUCCAAUGUUUCUGCAUCCACUUUCUGGGCGCUCUUCCAUUCUGCCGUGGCCGUGGUUAAAAGCAGCAAGGUGCAUUGCUUUCCCUUGCACGCUUUAACACCUAGGAAAGAGAGUAAUGCAUUGAACGUUCGAUCUUUAACACCGAGGGUUUCAUUUUGCUGCAAAAAAGAAAAAAAAAAAAAAAAAAGAAUAUACCAAAGCAGUGCUUAAGACUGAAAUUCAGAAGGUUUCAAAAAGGCAUCAGUUAAAGCUGCCCGCGUUGUGAUAGCCAGCGAGUGGAUCUUUCAGAUGUCGGAGCGUUCCCUGGAGGCUCACAUUAUUAAUAUCUGCCUUAUGACAAGGUGGCUGUGCUGAUGCCAGGUUUUUUUUUUUCUCCUAGCCAACGUGAUUAAUUUUUUUUUCCCCUUUCUUAAUAUCUCAGAGCCAGAUGCUUCUAAAUGUCCUCAUAGGGGUGUAUGGCCGUUCUUAACCGCUCCUCCUUCUCCCCCACCCUUUCCAACUAAUUCCUAUAAUGGCUCCAGAGAUGCGUUUCGUACAGUCACAAAAAGCAAAACUUUGAAAGCAUCCGGAGAUGAUGGGCUUGACAUGUGCAAAUCUGGCCUCCCGACGUUCCUGGUGGGUUGCGAGCUCGGUGCCAGGUAGCCUGUCAAUAAGGCUUUCCUUUAAGGGCACUUUACAAAUUAUGUACACUCAGAACUGCUGAAAUGUAGGUAUUUCUGGUGGGGAGGGUGGCAGCGAGUGUUGAAUGGGCAUAUUGGAGAAAGCAUGACUGAGGCGCAUGUUAUCUAUGGGAGGUGCCGUGCAUCUGCAGGCACUGAUUGAUUUUAAGGGCUUCAGAACUUCGUGUCGUUGGCCCUUUACACUUUGCGGUACUGGAAAAGGUCUUUAUUCUGCAAAAAAAAAAAAAAAAAGAGA